UGCUGGAUCCCCCCCAUCCCCGAGGAACCUUCAGCCCGGAGUAUAAGCGCGUUAAGGACCGAGGAGCGGACCGCACCGGCUGGCGACCGAACCUACACUUUGAAGCCCAGAAGGAGAUGAUGAAAUCGGCAGAGGAGGAUGCGUAUGGCUACACCCCCAAUGUCAGCCUUUCCCUGCCCCUGGGCAACCCUUGCUUGCCCCCCCAGUACCUGAGCCUCCAGUCCAGCCCAAUCAUCUCGGUCUCGGAGCCUCACGACUUUGAGGGCCACGACGACAUGAGCGUGGCCGCCGCUUACUACUCCUCCGGCGCCCGUCCGAACGGCGCCCCAACCCUGGAGAGUCCUCGCAUCGAGAUCACGGCCUACGGCCAGUUCCCCGAGGACCAGGUGGAGGAGGACAGAAGUCCCGUCACCAAGCGGGUCAACUCCAUCGUGACGCUGACCCUCCCCAACGCCGACGGCUACCGGGACCCCAGCUGCUUGAGUCCGGCCAGCAGUGUCUCGUCUCGCAGCUGCCACUCGGAGGCGUCGUCGUACGAGUCGGGCUUCUCGUACAACUGCGACAACUCGCCGCAGAACUCCCCCUGGCAGUCCCCCUCGGUGUCCCCCAAGGGCUCCACCCUGGCCCUUCCGGGUGACAGCUACGGUCCCGCCGGCUCGCCGCGACUCUCCCCUUCGACGUCUCCUCGCACCAGUCUGACGGAUGACGCCUUCAUCGGCCGCGGAGGCUCCAGGCCCAACUCCCCUUGUGGUGCGAAGAGGAAGUACAGCUUCAACAAGCACUACCAGCUGUCCCCCAACGCCUCCCCGGGGGUGUCCCCGCAGACCUCGCCCCGGCUCAGCGUCACCGAUGAGACGUGGCUGCCGAACACCAACCAGUACACCAAUUCGGCCAUCUUGGCGGCCAUCAAUGCCCUGAGCACGGACGGAGGGCCCGACCUGGGGGAGGGGAUACCCGUAAAGGCCCGCAGGACCAGCCUGGACCACAGCCCCACCGUCAGCCUCAAACUGGAAUCUCACUGCCUCGUUGCCGACGAUCACACCUCCAACCGCCUGAAGAAGGAGGCCUACUGCGCGGGGUUCCUGGACGUCCCCCACCACCAGUACCCCUGGUCCAAGCCCAAGCAGUAUGUCAGCCCGUCCGUGCCGGCCCUCGACUGGCAGCUUCCGUCCAGCUCGGGACCCUACAGCCUGAAGAUCGAGGUGCAGCCCAAGUCCCACCACCGAGCCCACUACGAGACCGAGGGCAGCCGGGGGGCGGUGAAGGCUCUGGCGGGAGGACACCCCGUCGUCCAGCUGCACGGCUACAUGGACAACGAGCCGCUGACGCUGCAGCUCUUCAUCGGCACGGCGGACGACCGCCUGCUGAGACCGCACGCCUUCUACCAGGUGCACCGCAUCACCGGCAAGACCGUGUCCACACCCAGCAUGGAGGCGCUGCACAACAACACCAAAGUGCUGGAGAUACCACUUCUGCCGGAGAACAACAUGCGCGCCAUAAUCGACUGCGCCGGCAUCCUGAAGCUUCGCAACUCCGACAUCGAGCUCCGGAAGGGCGAGACGGACAUCGGACGCAAGAACACGCGCGUGAGGAUGGUGUUCCGGGUGCACGUCAAUCAGGCGGGCGGGAGAAGCGUCUCGCUGCAGGCCGCGUCCAACCCCAUCGAGUGCUCCCAGAGGUCGGCGCAGGAGCUGCCGCUGGUGGACAAGCAGAGCUUGGACGCGGGCCACGCCCUUGGGGGGGAGCGCCUGCUGCUGGACGGACACAACUUCCAGGCCGACUCCAAGGUGGUGUUUGUGGAGAAGGCUCAAGACGGACAUCACUUGUGGGAGACCGAGGCCAAAGUGGACCGAGACGCCUCCAAGCAUAACGUUCUGCUGGUGGAGACCCCGCCCUACAGGAACCAGCGACUGUCCUCGCCCGUCCACGUCAACUUUUACGUCUGCAACGGCAAGAGGAAACGAAGUCAACACCAGCGCUUCACCUACGUGCCUUCGAGCGUUCCCAGCAUCAAAACGGAGCCGCGGGACGACUACGACGGCCUCUCUCUGCAGUCGUGCUUCCCCGCCGCCGAGCUGAGGCCCUGCGGGGUGGGCGGGGCUUACAGUCAGCAGAGAUCGCCGACCGCCCCCUCCCCGAGCGGCAGCCCCAAACUACACGACCUGUCGCCCCCGGCGCCGCCCUUCCCGGUCCCCCACGUCUCCAUCAUCCGGGAGACCCCCGGUCGAUUCCAGCCGCCCGCCGUCUCCACGCCGGCUCCCGGACCGGAGGCGCCCUUCUCCCCGCCUCAGCGCACCACCCCCGGCGGGAGCCCGGCCGCCCCCCCGCAGGGCAAGGAGCCGGAGAAGGAUGACGGAAGCCCCCCGGCGCUGGGAGUCAGCAUCAAACAGGAACCCCAGGACCUGGACCAGAUGUACCUUGAUGAUGUCAACGAGAUCAUCAGAAACGACCUGUCCAGCAUUUCGGUCCACAGCCACGCGUAGUCAGACCGACGACGUGCCUCCGGGUGUUGUUGAUGUUUUGGACCUUUUCCGCGUAGUGAGCAUUGUGUUGUCCCUACGCUGCACUUUAGAAAUGAUGUACGCAAAAGCAAUAUAUAACAAGCUAGUUUACAACCAAAAAAAACGUUCCCACGACCCUUGAUCAGGACUCUAACGUGUUUUUGUUCAAAGCCCUCCUUUUCACGCUUUCAUGCACUUACUGUACAGUUUUGGAGAAAUAUAUAUUUUUAUGCAUCUUUGACGGCGUGAACAAAUCAUCUCAAAUAUAGUCCAGGCUGCUUGAUGCUGACCCAGAUUAUUUGGUAGUACUUCCUUGUGUGUAUUUAUUCUGCUUGCAUGUGCUCCAUGUGUAUCGUGCCGCCUAGUAUUGCCACUCCUGACUCGUAUUUAGGAGUCUUCAUGCUUUGCCGACGGAGAGGCCGGGACUUGUUGAUGUAAUCUGCAGCCAAUUAUUCUUGCUCUCGCUAUAUAAAAAAAAAAAAAAACUGGUUCUUGGGGAAUAUUUUUAUAUUGCACUUGACAAUUUGAUAAACCAAAUAAAAAUCUUUUUUGUAUGAAA